AAUUCACUGAGAACUUCAAGUCCAUCAAUUUCACAAAAUAUUAAUCAGUAUUCACAAAUAAUAACAUUAACAUCAAAUGACAAAUAUUUAAGAAGCUUUAGUUUGCCUGUUGCAGCAUCAGAUGAAUUUGUUUUACUUAAAACGGUUCAUCUUCGGAAGCUGUAAUACCUCGAACAGUGAGUUAUCAUUGAAUCGAUGUGGAUGUCAUUUGUUUUUGAUGCCGCGAGGUGUAUCAAAGUUUGAGAAAAAAAAUCAAAAAGUGAAUUUGUUCGCAAAUUGUUAGUUGUCGUCUGGAGAGAGAAAAGCAAACAAAAAAAAGGAAUACAAUUUUUGGAUAUAAUUCAUCAUGAAACUGCUGGGUUCUAAUAAACGAAAUAAUAUAAGAAUUCUAAAAUGCGCUGCAAUUGGCUUGGGUCUCCUAACAACAGCAAUACUCGUUGUAGUAUUAAAUCCAGUUCAGAUGGUUGCCGAUUACAAACUAACAAUGUACGAAGGCUCUUUUCUGUACAAAUUAUGGCAGAAGCCACCACUCGAUGUGUUCAUUAAAGUGUUUAUGUUCAAUGUAACCAACUAUGACCGCUUCGUUCGGGGCCUGGAUGCAAAAUUGAAGGUUGAAGAAAUCGGACCAUAUGUGUAUCAGGAGUUCCUGGAGCAUCACAAUGCCACAUUCAAUGCCAACGACACACUGUCGUACAAUCCACUGCGGAAGGUGAAAUUCAUUCGGGAGCAGUCAAUUGGAGAUCCCAAGACCGACAUGAUAAUCUCCCCCAACAUCCCUUAUAUGGGAGUGACUGCGGCAGCUUCGAGUAUUUCGGUGUUCAUGGCAUUUGCUGUGCGGACUUUGGUGCGGCAAUUCGAUGCGAAAAUAAUGCUGAGAAUCAGUGUUCAUGAGUAUUUGUGGGGCUAUGAGGAUCCGCUGGUGAAUAUUGCGUCCAAGUUGGUGCCAAGUGUGAUAAAUUUCCAAAAGUUUGGACUUUUGGAUCGGAUGUUUGAUGAGGGGAGAAAUUUGGUGACAAUUAAAUUGCCUCAUAAGCCAGGUAGAAAAAGGGUUAGGAAGGAUGGUGAAGUGACUACGACGGUCGAUUAUGGUGAUAUAGAUUAUGAGUUCGAUAAUUUUGAGCCACAGGCGAGGGAUUUUUCGAUAGACAACUGGAAUGGAUUGAAGGGGUUGAAGCAUUGGGGAUAUGAAGAAGGGGCGCCAAAUACAGCGUGUAACACAUUACAGGGAUCAUUUGAUGGAACUUUAUUUCCAAAGAAUAUGUCACGAGGUGACACGUUUCGGGUGUAUCGGAAGGCUUUCUGUCGGACAUUGCCGGUUAUUUAUUCACAUCCUGGGACUCUUGACGGUGUCGAUGCUUACUUUUUCAAACUAGCGGAAUACGCUUUCGAUACAAAUGCCUCAGAUUCACAAACAGCUUGUUUUUGUAAAGACAAGAUGUGCCUUAAAAAAGGAUUAGGAAAAAUAACACCCUGUUAUUACAAUAUUCCAAGUGCAAUUUCUUUUCCACACUUUUUUAACGCUGAUCCUAGUUUGUUCAAAAGCUUAGAGGGUUUAAGUCCUGAUGUUAAAAAACAUGGAACUGAGAUUGUUAUUCAACCGCAACUUGGAGUUCCAAUGAGAGUAUUUACACGAUUUCAAGUAAAUCUAUUAAUGGGUGAAAUCAGUUUUAAUUCAGAGAUGAGUAAAUUCAAAAAUAUGGUGCUACCAAUAUUUUGGUUAGAAAUUGGUGUAGAAAAACUUACCCCCGAACUAAUAUUACUACUGCAACUACUCUUCAACGUUUGCCCCUACGUGCAAAUGGGAUUUGCCAUUCUAAUGGGAGCAGCUGGAGUCGCCACAAUCGGAUUUGCCUCCUUACUAUUCCUCUGUGUGCAAAAACCAAUCAAGCCAUUACGAGAUAUCGACCAGAAAUUCGAACUACGUCGAUACUCGGGGGCGUAUCUAUUUCCAAUAAUUAAGAAGGAAAUCAGUAAAUUUGCUGACGAAGAUGAUGCUGAGCAGUUGCAAAGUCUUACUGAGAUGCCUUGUGAAGAGAAUUAAUAUAGAAAAAAAUUAGUGGAUUUUUUUUGGAUUCGACGAAUUUUUCAAAAUUCCAGAUUUUUUUUUAGCCAGAGAAACAAGAAGACUGCACACACAUACAAUAAUAAUUUUUCCUACCAACAACGGAAUAUAAAAUAUAUGCGAUAAGGACGAAUAUCAAACAAAAAUAUAAACAAAAAAAUAUUUAAGGAAUAAGGAAAUCAAGGACAAAGCAACAUGCUGUGAUAUAUUUUCUACUUUAAGUGAACUCAAUUUUAUUUUUUAAGGGAAUGGAGUGAGUUAGACUUUUCGUGGUUGAGUGGGUUUUUUUUUUCUGUUUUAUAAAUUUUAAUUGUAAUUUUAAAAAUAUUUGUAUAAUAUUUGUACUUUUAUAAAAAUAAAUAAGAAAUAUAUAAAUAAAUAAAUUAAAUAACAAAAUAUAACAAAAAUAAAUAAAUAAAAAUAUAAAAAUCUUA